CGGCAAUAUAAAAAAGGAGGAAAUCUUUCAACAUGGCAGAAGCUAAGACUCACCGGCUUGGAGCAGCCCUGUCUCUCAUCCCUUUAAUUUUCCUCAUCUCUGGGGCUGAAACAGCUUCAUUUCAGCGAAACCAGCUGCUUCAGAAGGAGCCAGAGCUCAGACUGGAAAAUGUCCAAAGGUUUCCCAGUCCGGAAAUGAUCAGGGCUUUGGAGUACAUAGAAAAGCUCCGACAGCAAGCUCACAAAGAAGAAAGCAGCCCAGACUAUAAUCCCUACCAAGGUGUUUCUGUUCCCCUUCAACAGAAAGAAAGUGGUGAUGAAAGUCACUUGCCAGAAAUUUCAAGGGAUCCCCUGAGUGAAGAUGAGUGGAUGAGGAUAAUCCUUGAAGCUCUGAGACAGGCUGAAAAUGAGCCUCAGUCUACAUCCAAAGACAACAAGCCCUAUGCCUUGAAUUCAGAAAAGAACUUUCCAGUGGACGUGACUGAUGAUUAUGAGACCCCACAGUGGCCCGAGAGGAAGCUCAAGCACAUGCGAUUCCCUCCUAUGUAUGAGGAGACUUCCAGGGACAGCCCCUUCAAGCGCACGAAUGAAAUAGUGGAGGAACAAUACACUCCUCAAAGUCUUGCUACCCUGGAAUCCGUCUUCCAAGAGCUCGGAAAACUGACCGGACCAAACACCCAGAAGCGUGAAAGGAUUGAUGAGGAGCAAAAACUUUAUGCAGAUGAUGAAGAUGACAUCUACAAGGCCAAUAACAUUGCCUAUGAAGAUGUGGUUGGGGGAGAAGAUUGGAACCCGGUGGAGGAGAAAAUAGAGAGCCAAACUCAGGAAGAGGUGAGAGACAGUAAGGAGAAUACGGAAAAGACUGAGCAAAUCAAUGAUGAGAUGAAGCGCUCCGGGCCCCUGGGCCUCCAGGACGAAGAUCUCCCCAGGGAGAGUAAAGACCAGCUCUCGGAUGACAUCUCCAAAGUGAUGGCCUAUCUGAAAAGGUUAGUGAACGUCGCAGGGAAUGGGAGGUCACAAAACGGGGACAGAGCGGCCCGGCUUUUUGAGAAGCCACUUGAUUCUCAGUCUAUUUAUCAGCUGAUUGAAAUCUCAAGGAAUUUACAGAUACCCCCUGAAGACUUAAUUGACAUGCUCAAAAAUGGAGAGAAGCCAAAUGGGUCAGUGGAACCAGACCAGGAGCUUGAACUUCCUGUUGACCUAGAUGACAUCCCAGAGGUUGACUUAGACCGUGCUGACCUGUUCCAGAACAAGAUGGUCUCCAAGAGUGGCUACCCCAAAGCCCCUGGCCGUGCUAUGACAGAUGCCCUACCAGAUGGACUCAGUGUUGAGGACAUUUUAAGUCUUUUAGGGAUGGAGGGCACAGCGAAUCAAAAGCCUUCAUAUUUCCCCAAUCAGUAUAAUCGGGAGAAGGUUCUGCCAAGACUCCCCUAUGGUCUCGGAAGAUCUAGAGCAAACCAGCUUCCCAAAACUGCCUGGAUGCCAGAUGUGGACAACAGACAACUGGUGUAUGAAAACCUGAAUGAUAAAGAUCAAGAUUUAGGGGAGUACCUGGCCAGGAUGCUAGUUAAAUACCCUGAGAUCAUGGCUUCAAACCAGGUGAAGCGAGUUCCUAGUCAAGGCUCAUCUGAAGAUGACCUGCAGGAAGAGGACCAGCUCGAGCAGGCUGUUAAAGAGCAUGUGAAUCAAGGCAUCUCUCACGAGACUGACCAGCUAGCCUCGGUGAGCAAAAGGUUCCCUGUGGGGACCCCAAAGAAUGACGAUUCUCCAAACAGACGUUACCUGGAUGAAGACCUGUUACUAAAAGUGCUGGAAUACCUCAACCAAGAAAAGGCAGAAAAGGGAAGGGAGCAUAUUGCUAAGCGAGCAAUGGAAAAUAUGUAAGCAGCUUUCAUUGAUUGCCCUACUUUCUCCCACCCCAAGCAAAACCCCAAUGUUUCUCUUUAGUGUGUUGACCUCUAUCCUGUUAACACCAUAAUAUCUUUAAACGAUGUACAGGCAGAUGAUUCCAUUUCACUGGGGUGGCUGCUUCACUUACUCUGAGCUAUUCUCUUGUGUAUGGGUAUGUGUAAAUGUUAUGACUUGUGGAUAAACAAAUUAAUCAUAUCCCUUAUUCAAGAAAGAUAUCUAUGAUAGUGUUUAAUAGUGUAUCAAUGGUUGUGGCAUUGUUGAUGCUCACAUAUGAUAAAGAGUGUCUUAAAAUUCUCUUGAAAGUUUUUAAUAUUUAUUGAAUUAUUUUGUUACUGUCUGUAGUGUUUUGUGGAGUACUGGAACAAAACAUAAUAAAGCAUUAUAAAUAUAUAGUUUUCUUUAUAAGGUCUUUUCCAUUGUGUGUUUUAUUGUUGAUUAAUAAAUGUUAUUUCUGGACAA